GGAUUAACAAAUUGCUAAAAUGCGAGCUGCUUCACAUCGAGGAAGUCAAGCUCAUGUGCACACUGCUCAGGGACAUCCUGAAGAAGGAGCCCAACUGUGUGCAGGUGAGCGUCCCCGUGACCGUCGCGGGGGACAUCCACGGCCAGUUUUACGACCUUCUGGAGCUGUUCCACAUAGGAGGAUUCCCGCCGGACGUGAACUACCUCUUCCUGGGCGACUACGUGGACAGGGGGUACUACUCAUGCGAGUGCUUCUGCCUGGUGGCCUGCCUCAAGAUCAAGUACCCCAGCAGAGUGACCAUCCUAAGGGGGAACCACGAGAGCCGACAAAUAACCAAAGUUUACGGUUUUUACGAUGAGUGCAUGAGGAAAUACCAAGGAGACUACAACGCCUGGAGGUACAUAACGGACGCCUUCGAUUAUCUACCCCUCACAGCCAUCAUUAGCAAUCAGAUUUUUUGUGACCAUGGAGGAAUAUCUCCCUAUUUGCAGACCAUUAAUCAAAUUAACAACUUAGAUCGAUUUAAGGAAAUCCCGCAGGAUGGUCCCAUUUGCGACUUACUUUGGAGUGACCCUGCUGGACCUGAGGAUGGGAUCAUCGAAGGAUGGAAAGCAUCACCUAGGGGUGCCGGUGUUGUGUUUAGCGAAGAGAGGACGAAUGCGUUUCUUCGACUGAAUAAGCUUAGCUGUAUAUGUAGGGCUCACCAGCUCGUGCAGGACGGCUUCUUAUGGAUGCACAAUGACAAGGUGGUGACAAUUUUUAGUGCUCCAAAUUAUUGUUAUAGGUGUGGCAAUUCCGCUUCUCUAAUGCUCGUCGAUGAGUACAUGGAGAAGGACUUCGUUACCUUUAACACGGCUCCCCUAAGAGCCAACGCCAAGGCUUUGAGGAGGAACGUGGGCUACAUGCUGUGA